CACCGGUCGACGUAGGUUUGGCCUUGGUCUCAGUUGAUAUUUCUCUCCCGGUCUUCUAGUGCCUGUGUACAUCUUCAAAAAAGAGAUCAUGAGACUCGCCAACUCAUGACGUUCCUGAAGUGGUUUCGAUCCUCCAAUUUGGUAGCGUGAUUGCAAAUAUAUUUCUGCCUGUUCCAAAGCGAAGACCGGAAUGUUUUCUCGGAUCAGAAUUUAUUUCCAGAAAUUAUUCCAUGAUCCUGAGGCGUUUCUCUCAUGAAAAAGUAUAGGUAUUAUUACACGGCUUCUCAUCAUACACAAGAUCAAGAAUCAAAGAAGCUCACACCACGCACACCAAACGACACGAAGUCGUGGUCAGCUUUACUGGUCCAAGUCAAUAAAUUAAUUCAAACAACAACAGGGUGGCUGUGUUUUCAGAGUUUCAUCCUGUAUGGAAAAUUAUCUCUACUAGUGUAGUAUCACAAUUUUUUCCAGUCUAGAAGAAUUCUCUCUAGCCCUUUGUAAGAACCGAGAGAAUCAAUUAAGGUGUUCUGUAGUGCGACAGACUAGCAGCUCCUUUCAUCUUCAGGAAAAAUUAUACUCGAGCGACUCACAGAAGAUUCGCUUUUCCUUUUUUACUACUUUCUCCCCGUUGUAAAAGUUUUCCAAGAAAAAAACCGACAAAAUGGCGAUCUCCAACAAGAAGUUGCAGAAGAUGAUGACUCUGCCCAUCAAUCAGAUCUUCACACAUCUGAGGAACAAGGAUAAAGUGCAGAUUUGGCUGUACGACCAAACCGACAUGCGAUUGGAGGGGAAAAUCGUCGGUAUAGGAUGUAUAUUUUGGUUCUAUGCAUGACAGUUCUUGGCUCUAUUUGUUCUCUCGCAUGAGAAAUAAUACACGAUUUUUUUACAACAGGAUUCGACGAGUACAUGAAUGUCGUGCUUGACGAGGCAGAGGAGUUCUACGUGAAGAAGCAGAGCCGCAGGAGUGUCGGGAAGAUCCUGCUGAAAGGGGACAACAUCACAUUGAUUAUGAACACCGGCGCGUAGUGGAAAUGUAGUAUUGAAACGGAGAUGGUGUGUGGAGGAGCCGCGUGUGGAGGUAACAAGGACCAAGUUCUUGCCGCGGGGUAGAAGGAACAAGACAGUGGAGUUGGUGUUGUGGAGAUGCAAUGAAACACCAAGCGACCUAGGUCUCCAGCACAAACAAGUUGAACUCCACUAUGUUGAGUUUGACUACUACAGUUCGUUGAGACAUUUGCUCUCACUCUCUCCCCGAGAAUACAGACAUGCACCGCUCAAGAGGGUAUACACGAAGAAGAACAACAAGAACUUCACGUUUUGCCGCGCCAUUUCAAUCGACAAGCUCAGAUGUUUUCACCACCACUUCCCGAUGACGUACUUUUUGCUUUGAUGACAUAAAAAAGAUUUGGAACCACCAGAACGUGCUGAGGCGCAGCAGUUUUUCGCUCACUUCAU